AUGGCAAAGCACUUCGGUUCGGACACAGAUGUCACCUCAAUGAAAUGGCAAUUCCGCGGCAUCAGAGCUGGUGCUAAGAUCCAACAAGACGCAGUGCUCAACGGAAAAGAUCCCAAGGACUUUGACGUAGCUCUGAAUCCUGAUCCUAGAAAACGCGGCAAUCAGGGCGAGUCAAUGGCAAAGUGGUUGGAUGAUGGCACCACCAUAGCUGCUCUGGAGCAUCGAUUUCGACCAAUCAAAGCUGCUGCUAAGAAUGAUCUUGAUAUUUUCUACCCCUUUCACCCUGGUGUUGAUAUCACACACCUACGCCUUCAUAUUUCAUUUUCCACCGCCGAAAAAUUUGGUGAUGGUGUUACAGGUAAGGCUGUUUCCACUCGCUUAGAAAGAAUGCGCAAAGAACCCGCUUGGGAUCUUGAUUCUCCACCCGGUACUAAUGAUUCCCUAGGUACAACACCCAAGAAGGCUCGUGCUCAACGCACCCCCAAGAAAUCCGCCAAGAAGGCUGCUACAUCCAGCAAUGAGGGAGAUGAUGAUAGUGACAUGGAUAUGGCUAGCCCAUCCAAGAAAGGCUCUCCAGUGAAGAAGGAAAACCUCAACAAAGUUAAAGGCAGCCGCGUCGAAAAGAAACCCGCUACUCCUAGCCGUGCUGCGAAGAGUAAUAUCAAGAGCUAUGUUGAUUCCGACGACGAGGGAGACGAUGAUUUGAUCAUCAAGGAUGAGGAUGUCGGAGCUUAUGAUUUUGGUCGCGCCGCAGAUGGUGAUGAGGAUAUGCUUGGUGGUGGUGGAUUUGGGGGACAUGGUCAUGGAAAUGGUCAUGUAAUGGAAGGUGAUGAUGUGGAGGAGGAAGAUGUUUUCUACGAUGAUGAGUCUUAG